UACACCAAGCCUUUUAACAAAAGCUCAUUUAGCGUGCAGCUCAUAUACACAGGGCUCGAAGCAAAAGAGUAAAACAAACAAAAAUCAAAACAAAAACCUUCCACCUUAGAUAAUAAAUUACAUUUCAUAACAAUAAUCAAAGCAAAACAACCAAGAGUUUCAGUAUUAUUAUGGCUCUAUUUUUAAACAUGUUUUUAAACAAGGAAAAUGAACUAGAUCUUUUGAAAUCACUGUCAUAACUCUUCCACACAUUAACCCCUCUGACAGAAACACAUCUCUGCUUUAUGUUUGUCCUUAUCUUGUUUUUUCUUGCUCUGGAGUAAUUUGGCACACCUCAGCCUUUCCUCCCUGUAUCAUUAAGAAUGGUUUCUUGACAACCACACUUUGACUGGGACCAUUUCUGAUGAGGCCUCGGUGACGUUAGAUGGAUCCACUGGAGGGUCGGAUGCAUCUCUCAGAUCUUUGCUGGGUUUCUUCCUGUUUCUCACAGACAUGACUUGUAAUAUGUCUUUUAUACUGUUGUUUACGGUGUUUUUGCCAGAGGCUUGUCGGCAGUGUCAGCAUGCACUGCUGAGCUUAAAAUGAUUUCUUUGCCAGUUGACUCCCAAGGUUUAUAAAAAUAAAGAACUUAGGGCUUCAUUUAAAUCGUUUGCAUACCAUCAACAUCACAAUUUUAAUUUUUGGUCACAUUUUUCCACCAGUCUUCCGACUUAUUUGCUACUAAUGCUGAAAAUGUCUAUACAGAAAUCUUGGUUACAGCAGAGUCCAUGCACACCUGCAGUUUGAUGGCUUGUGUUGUUGUUAAUUAAACCCUGUCUAAAUAAAUGAUCUAUAGCUGUGUUACAGAUGGUUAGAGCUCGGUCAACAAAAAGUAAAGAGCGUCAUCUGCAUUAACUGGAGCGCAUUAAGUCACGCUACGUUGAAGUGGCUCAUUGUGCGCUCGGGAGCGGUGUAGCUUUAAGAAGGAGGUGGGCAGCGCUCCGAUGACGCAUGAAUAAUCCUGAAAAGACGCUUCUAAACUCCAGGCCGGAGCCAGCGUGUAUGAUGGCUGUUGACUGAGCUGGAAGAAUUUCCGAGCCUGGCACGAUCAACUGUUGAGAAAAUAGUUUGAACAGGUUCAGGAGCUUGGGAAGCGACUCUAAAUGCAGAAUAAAACACACCCAUUCUGCUCUAUGUGCGCUGCCGAGAGCCAACUUGAGGGAAGGAACAUUGGAAGAAUAUUUCUCUAAAAGUCUUUGGCUGUCUGUCUUGAAGAGGAAGUGCUACCAUGCCACAUUUGAGAACACUAUGUGUCUAUUUCUUGGUAGCCCUGAGCCCAGUUAUGACAAACACCAUGACCGAGGACUUAGAUGUUUUGGUAUUUUUGCCACAAAAUAAUUCUUAUCUUUUUUCAUAUGAACGAGUCGCACCGGCGAUCCGUUACGCACAAAAGAGACUGAAGGCAGACGGGGGUCAGUACUCCGGGUUCAACUUCAACAUCCAGUUUGAAAACUCCGACUGCCUCUAUGAUGCUUUCUUCACAUUAGCGGACAGGUCUUGCGGACAGAAGCCCGACCUGAUCCUGGGUCCUGUGUGCGAGUACGAGGCUGCGGCAGUGGUAAGGCUGGCGUCCCACUGGAACAUCCCGGUGAUCUCGGCAGGUGCCCUGGCCACAGGUUUCGCGAACAAGAACAAAGAAUACUCCCACCUGACUCGCAUCGCCCCGCCAUACGUGAAAAUGGCAGAGACUUUCACGGCGAUGUUUGAACACUUCUCCUGGAAGAGCGCUCUGCUGGUCUUCGAGGACGACCGGGAGCAGCGGAACUGCUACUUCACGUUAGAAGGAGUAUACCAUCUGAUGAGUAACUAUAACAUUGAAAGCUAUGUGUUAACUGAUGACAAACCCCUGGACACUGACGAGCUGCUGCGAAGCAUCAGUGAUAUGGAAGUGGUGAUUAUGUGCAUGGGAGCAGAAAAAAUAAGAGAGAUCAUGCUGGCUGCACACAAACGACAGAUGACAACUGGCAAAUGCAUAUUCUUUAAUGUUGAACUCUUUAAUGCCUCUUCUUAUGGUCAACAUGUUUGUGGAGGGGUUCCAUGAUGCCCUGUUACUGUAUACCAUCGCCUUGCAUGAAGCCAUGAAAAAUGGGUACAGCAAGAAGAAUGGAACAGAGAUCACCUCACGUAUGUGGAACAGAACGUUCGAAGGAAUUGCUGGCCAAGUGUCUAUAGAUGCCAAUGGUGAUAGAAAUGGAGAUUUCUCUUUGAUGACCAUGAUAAAUGUUGAAGCAGGAACCUAUGAGGUGGUGGCCAAUUACUUUGGUGUAAAUGGGACUUUUCAGCUGUUGCCAGCAUUCAACACUGAGCAUUUCACUCUGAAAGGAGGGGAUAAAGACCACCCUGAGAAAACCGAUAAAUCAGACACACCCUGUAAAUGUGGACUAGGAGUGUCAGCUUUGACUGGAGUCAUAGUCGGAGCUGUUCUGGGGGCUGUGAUCCUCGUAGCGUUCUACUUUUUCAGAAAAAACUACAGAAUUACCAUUGAGCGUCGCACACAUGGCGAAGAAUGUGACUCUGGGAAGCAUCGUCAGCUACGAGAAGACUCCAUUAGGUCAAACUUCUCAGCAGCAUAAUGAGAGGCUGACACAGUCCAUGGAGAAUCGCACAUGUGACCAAAGACUUUGCAGUGGCUGUCAGUAGACCCACAGUGUUAAUCAUGAGACACUCGUUUUUGUGUCCUUUGAUGUUUUGACUUAUAACUCAGGACAGCUGUAACAGUCACAAAGCACCACUCACUUGGAUUUUCCCCCACACAAAGGUAAAUGAUUGUAUUGGUGUUUCAUGAUAUUUGGCCACAAUGUUCUUUGAGGUUUUUCUAGGCAUCUGUUGUUAUUAUUAUUAUUAUUAUUAUUAUUAUUAUUAUUAUUAUUAUUAUUAUUAUUCACACCAUUCUAACUAAUAACUGUGAAUAAUUCAAAACAGACGGCAUAUUUAACACUAUAUUGGCAUGCACUACUAGCAGAGUUGUUGAGAUCUAUUUUUACCUUGCAGUUGUAUAAACAGUGUAUACGUGUAGUAAACCUAAAUGUCAUCUUAACACUUUAAGGAUAUAACAGAGCUACAGGGGUAUAGACUCGAUCUAUAUCAAUAGGUGAUAAGCUACUGAUCUUGAGCUACAGAUACUGUAAGGUUUUCAGUCCAUUACAACAUUGCUGCAGUCUGGUAGCCUCCAUACAAAUCAUGCUCCAUCAGUUUUCUAAUCAUGCUGAUUUCUAAUGAUUGUUUUCUUUUAAAUAAUUUUAUUUGAAAAAUUCCUCAUAUAAUUAAUUUACCACCUGAAAAGAUACUACAGAUAUUUUUACUGAUAAUGUGUACUUUACGUUGCAUUUUUAUUACUGGUUCUUUAUGAAACUUUAAUAUAGCAGUAAACAAUAUUUUCUGUGUAAAGAUGUGUAUAAAAGCAUAAUUGCAGAGAAUCACUUCACACUUCCUGUCUGUGUCUUGCAAUACAAGCGUCUCGUACAUGACAUUUCACGAGUCCUUACCUUUGAAACACUGUCCUGGUUCAUAAAGAGACACGUGAAAGUGAAAGUGAGAUGACAAAGUACACUCAGCCCCAAAACCCAAAGUAGUAAAAACAAUACUUUAUUCAUAUUUACUUACUUUCAGCAUCCCUGCUGUUCUCCUCUGUGCUCUCUUUCAUUCUGUGUGUCUACAUCGCCUUUGAGGCUGUAAAUAAAUUGCAAAGAGAAGAGAAAGGCGACCUGAUAUUUUUGACACUUGUCUCACUUUCUGAUGUCCGUAAACACAAAUCUGGACAGGAGCCCAACAGCACAUGAUCACCAAGGCCAAGUUUUUUGCCAAACGAGAAUAAGUUAUUAGAAGUAAGUUAUUGUUAUUAAGGGCGUAUUGUUGAGACAUUCAUUAAUUAGUUAGUGGUUUAUUUAUAUUAGUACAGUCGUGGUUUUUAGUAACAUAAAUAAGCUCUUUUCUACAGGCUGUUUAAUAAAGAGAUCUAUAGAUAAGGUUGUUAGCUUACUUAUUGAGGUUGUACGCAGGGGAAAAUCAUUUCAGCAAGAACUGAUUUAUUGUUUAUCAUUUCGUAAAAAAAAGCAAACAAAAACAAUUUUAUUCUUAAGCACUGGGUUAUUUUUUUUAAUCUGUGUGUAAUAUUAUUAUAAUGACUCCUGGCAUGUGGUUGUUUAGGAUGACUGAACAUUGAACGCGGUGUGUUUAAAUUAUUUCUUGUAAAUUAUAACAUCUAUUAUGUUACAUAUUUCUCUAAAUUUUGAAUUUAUAAUAAGUUUGUAUUUUCUUGUUAUGAUUAUUUCUAAAGCAUACUUUUACUGCAAUAAUAGUUCAGUUGUACCCUACAAAUACUUCUCAAGUAUCACUUAUAAUACAAAUAUAGGGAAUUCUUUAUAAGCCAGUGUUAAUGUUGAUAUUAUUUUAAUUAGAGUAUACGUUGUGAUAGGAAUACAGAUUAUCCUACGUCAUUAAACUUUUGGUUUGUCUGAAAUGUCAUCAACAUUGUUUUGUUUAAUAACAUGCAAAUAAUGAAUAAUGAGAAUAAAAAGUGAUAUUGAAUUCUUUAUGAGCAUUCAAAGGCCAAAUAAUACAAGACAAUGAUGGAGAAGGUUUAUCACAUUUCAUAGUAAAUUUAAAGUUAUAAAACUAUUUGAUGUCAUACCGACUGACAAUAUGUUUCUUUGACAAAGAAGAGGACAAGAAGUGACUUACUGUUGUUUAGUGAAACGAGAUAAGCAGCAUAUAAACGGAAGUAAAUUCCAGUGAUGUAACAGAACUUAUCAUUAGGCAGGUUUUAUGGCAAAUGCAUAUGAACACAUGGGAAAUAAUAUUCUAUGGGACCUACAACAUACAAUGCAAAAAGAAAGAAAUUGAACGUUUUCUGCUAAAAGGUGAUUAAAAAACAAGUUGAGUGCUUUGUGUUUAAUGAUAUUUUUAAGAGAUCUUAUUUCUUUUCCUUUUCUUUCCCUCUGCUUUUUGAUUCAGUUUAGACCAGUGUUUCCCAACCUUUUGGAGACACGACACAUAUUUCACAUUAGGAAAAUCACACAGCACACCAGCAAACAAAAAUGUCACAAAAAGCAUGUUGAUAAUUUUUCCCCGCACACCAGGUUUAGCAGAGUUGGCUCAGUUUGUCCGCAGUAUAUCUUUUUUGCCUUCUUUUGACCACUACUCAUGCUAGGGCCUUCAUCCUGUUUGGAAUAGUGAUGUGUCGGUCGCGAACGAAACAGCUCUUAGAGCCAACUUUUUGAAGUGAACGACGCGAGCUGGCUCCUUAUUGGGAGCCGUGGGUUUUUUUUUUUCUUUCUCUCACCCUCUCUCUCACACUU